AUGAGCCCCUGCCAUGAGCACGAUUCAGCGGGCUACGCCCACGAAGCGACACCUCCGUGGGCAGAGAGGCAUCAGGCAGUCCAGGCCAUGGAUCUGCGACUCGCAUCCGUUGAGUCAGGCAUCAGAGAUCUCUCCUUUGUGAGGGAUUCGAUGGAGCUGGAUCAAGGCCCACAGGAAAGCCCCUCUCCCUCUCCCCCUACUCGCCCCUACAUCCGACCUGCUGUCCUGGACGAUGCAGAGGAUAUUGUCCAAAUUAUCAAUUGGCACACAUCAGCAUCACAUCCCCAUGACCCGGACCUCGAACUUCUGGAGGCUGAACAUGUCUGCAACUUCAUCGAGACUAGCCACUACCGGAGGCUCCCUUUCCUGGUAAUUGUCCAACCGCCGGAUCUGUCUCAAAUCUCCGGGGUAAUCCCAAAAUCGCAAGUUUGCGGCCUUGCCUACAUUGAUGUCUUCGAUGAGAUUGCGACCGAAGAUUCCAUCGGUGACCUGCGCGUGUACGUGCCCCCACCAAUGAUGCGCCGCAGCUUUGGUACUGUGCUUGUCGAAUGCAUCCUAGCUAUUUGUGACGAGCAUUACCGCCGCAGAUGCAAUAUUGAGUGGCGACCAAUCGGGGAAGUGCAGCUGGAUGUGUUGCGACUGAGACAGCUGAUGUGUGCCAUUUCUUAUCCCGCUCAGGUGGAGCACAAUUAUGCAUUUACUUGGCACUGGCUGAAGACCAGAUUCGGAUUCAAUGAUUUCGGCGAAAUAAGGCAAGACCGCGCCAAGAACGGUCAUGAAGAGAAUAUCUAUUGCGUUCAGCUCCUUAUCAAUGCUGGAAGAAGAUGGCAACAGAGACAAGUGCAGCAACAAAUGCAACAGGAAAUGCAGCAGCAAGUUCAGCAGCAAAUGCAGCAACGUUCUCAUUGA